AGCCUGCAUGGAAGCGAUUUGAAGUCUGUAGGAUGCCAAUAUCUUGACUAUAGUUCAUGAUUCACAAUAGACGUAACAUAACCAGCGCCCUUCCAUGAUGUGCGUCCUCCCAGACAGGCCACCUUCUCUCCCACGGUGGCCCGGAGGAGGCGUCGCCAUGCACUUACACCCGCCACGCCCAGAAGGCACCUCCUGAUUUAGAACCAAAGACGAACCAGAUUGACGCCGCCACCAAGUACAUACAUUUCGGGGGGCAAGGAGACGUUCGGGAAAUAUCCGCACGUGGAUCGGUUUUUGCCCAGUUUCACACCAGUUUUCGGACGAGACGAUGUUUCUUCUGGCCUGAUUCUCUCGAUGGAGGGUGGGAGAGGGCGUCUUGGCACACGCCGUGAAGGAGCAUGCGCACGGUCGAGGGAUUUCCCCUCAACGUCCGUGUGUUGCCCAGAACAGGGUUGGCAUCAUCUUCAACAGGACCGCCGUUGGUGGGUAAUGUGGGCACCCGGUCGACUUCGAUUUGUCCCCAGCGAACCGUUGCGCGCCCUUUCAGGAAGCUCGCUACCACCGCUUACAAACUUUAUACCGGAUUGAUGAUCCAUGGGCAGAGGAUCGUGACAAGAAAAGGGAAAGGAGGCCUGGUAGGGCGCGAUUUAUCUCCCGCGACUCCCGAAAAGGGUCGCGGCCAGCCAUCGGGGAAAGUGCCGGCUUCCUUCAGGAUGACCGCCCGCCCAUGCUCUUCCGGGGCAGCCAUGCCACCGAGAGACGCAAUCGGGGACAAGUUAUUGUUGGCCAUGGACUGCUUGGUUCGAUCCUCCGCCAAAGGACGCUAUGAAAGGACGCUAUGUUACGAUGGGCAAGCCAUGUCCAACAAAAACGUUGGAACUUUUGGCUCUCGCGCCUCAUCUGCCGCCGGCCCGCUUCUCGAACAGAUACCCUCAAGUCCCGAGGAUGAUCCACGAGCCGGAACUAAGCUGUGUGACCUAGAGGAUCGCUCGGUUUUCUCUUCCAUGGUGUUCCAGCCCUCGAGAUUAUGAGCCACAGAGUGCGAUUCAUGCAUGGUGGUUGAGGAAGGCGCAUGAGAAGGGUCAUGGCGUACAUGUCGAAUCGAGCCCCUCUGUAUAUAUA